AUGCGUCCUGUGAACAGCAGUAAAUUUGUGGAUGCGGAGGACGAUGUGAGAGAUGAGCUUCUGGCCCGGGUGGAGAUCGCGCUGCUCAGCGUCAUCUUCGUCUGCGCCUCCAUCCUCAACAGCGGCCUGCUGCUCGUCCUGUGGAGACAGCGUAAACAGAUGACCAGGAUGCGCGUCUUCGUCUUCCACCUGUGCCUGGCUGACCUGGUGGUCGCUUUCUUCCAGGUGUGCCCGCAGCUCAUGUGGGACAUCACUGACAGAUUCGUGGGACCAGACCUGGUGUGCCGCGUGGUAAAGUACCUGCAAGUCCUUGGAAUGUUUUCAUCGACUUACAUGAUAGUGGUCAUGACAGUGGAUAGAUAUCAAGCUGUCUGUAACCCAAUGGUGAAGUUUCAGCGGACGCGCACGAAGCUGAACAUCCCUGUGAGUAUCGCGUGGGGCAUCUCUCUGCUGGGCAGCCUGCCUCAGAUUUUUAUCUUCUCGCGAGUCGAGGUUGCACCUGGUGUGUUUGACUGCUGGGCUAAAUUCAUCCAGCCAUGGGGGCUGCAGACUUACAUAACCUGGACCACGCUGGUCAUAUUUGUUUUACCCGUUAUUACAGUAGUUGUUUGUCAAGUGCGCAUCUGCAAAGCCAUCCACAUCAACCUGUACCAAAAGAUUCAACACCAGGGCAGCGUGAGUCUCCCGCUGCCCCCGAGAGCCAGCGGCGUAGCUGGCAUGUCUAAGGCAAGGGUUAAGACGCUGAUGAUGACGGUGGUUAUCGUACUGGCUUAUAUUGUCUGCUGGGCUCCUUUCUUCACCGUCCAGCUCUGGUCCGCCUGGGACUCCGACGCGCCAAAAGAAACUGCGACUUUCACCAUCCUGAUGCUGCUGGCCAGCCUGAACAGCUGCGCAAAUCCCUGCAUUUACCUGCUGUUCAGUGGUCAGUUUCCUCAGAGGCUGCUAACACUCCUGUGCCAGAGACAUGCCAACAGUAAGGAUUCAAUACACGAAGACGCGACGUUGGUCAGCACGCUGUACAUGAGCUUCAGGAAUGUGUCUGAGUCUAAAUGA